UUUGAAGACGCCACGUUGACCAAACCUGUACUGGAUGAUCGUCGACUGAAGGUUCGCGAGCUGGCAGACAUUUCAGAAGUGCGGUCCAUAGCGUAUUAACUGAAAAUUUGGUCAUAAGAAAGCUGUGCGCAAGAUGGUUGCUGCGUUUGUUUAUAAUGGAACAAAUUCAGCUUCCUGAAGAUGUUUCCAUCGAGUAUUUGGCAAUGUUUCACAGAAAUAAAGUCAAUUUUCGCGAUGUUUAAAAAAAACAAUCAAAAUAAUAGACUAAAAAGGGAGAAUCGGGUCCAAAGAAGGCAAAUACCGUUCCACCUGCAGACAAGAUCAUGGCGUCGGUUUUUUGGGAUGCGCGUGGGAUAAUUGAGCUUGAAAAAGGAAAAACUAUCAACGGAGAGUCUUAUGCAUCGUUUGAGGAAAGAAAUAAAGCAAAAACCGCCACAUUUGGCCAAGAAAAAAGUGUCGUUUCAUCAAGAUAACGCACUAACUCACACUUCCGUUAUUGCAAUGGCCAAAAUUAAUGAAUUAAAGUUUGAAUUGCUACAUCAUGCACUCAAUUCGCCAAAUUUAACCUCCUCGGAUAAUUUUCUGUUCCCAGACUUAAAAAAAAUGGCUCGGUGGUCAAAGAUUUUCCAAUAAUGAAGAGGUUAUGUUGACAGUUAAUGGCUAUUGAGGACCUUGAAGAUUCUUAUUUAUAUAAAGAAAGUCUGGAAACCUAUAUGAAAUUCUGGAAACAAAUGUAUAGCGUUUAUCUUUGAUAUUCGUAUUUAUACUGGUGAAGAAUCACGCAAAAUUGCAACCACAUACACCACAAAUCGUAUCAAUUUGCACGUUUGAAAAAGCGUUGCGGUCGGGACGGCGGCCGGGCGGCCACGACGAUGAUAAUGUUUACAAAAAAGAGAUUCUUGAAAUAUUAUCACCAAAUAUUGAUAGGAAAAGUCAAGUCAAAAUUUUAGUUCUUGAUUAUUGAAACAUUCGACACUCGCUUACGAUUGUGGACCCCCAGUUUUUGUCACGUCCAACGCGAAAUCUCGUCGAGUCUCCCGUGGUUAAAUGGACCAUUUUUCUGAUACUAUUACGUAAAGUUAACGAAAUUCCGGCAUCGGAAACGUAUUUAUUAUCAAUCUACCCAAUUCCAUUCAGCAUUGCUUCUAAAUCCUAUACUUUUUUCUGUGCCACCCCCGUAUUUUAUUACACAUGUGUUAUAAUCAACGAUAUGGUUUUCUAAAUUUAGUUUUGAUGUUUAAAAUAUUUGAAACCCUCGAAACUCGAGCACUUCCCAUUUGCAUAAUUGGAAAAGCACAUGCAAUCUUUUUGACAUCCACUCUUCAUUCAGCAAAUAUAAAAAGGAUAGAAUGCGGUUUUAUUCCAUAAUUGAACAACAUUCAGAAUAUCAUCUGUGUGUGCUUAAAUCGACCAGAGAUGGCAUGGAAUAAAUAUCUGGGUGUGGAAGUGGUGCUACUACUCUGUAGAUUUUCCAUGAUUUUAGAAGGAUCCGUGUAUACGAAUCUGUACAUCUACAGGACUUGUUACGUAAUAUUAGGUUAUAAUCAAUCGGAUUGUGCCCAAUUAGGAAAUGAGGUAAACGAUAUAACCAAAGAUUUGGAACCGAAAGUUCAACCGACCGUAAACAAAAUCCAUAUGGUACAAACAGUCGCUAAUACUUUGUUCCCGAUGAUUUUUAACUUGUUUGUGGGAACGUGGUCCGACAAAUUUGGAAGAAAACCGUUCUUGUUGCUUUGUUUAAUAGGGAUAAUUGUUACGACGACUGGAAAUAUUUUCAUUAUUCAUUUCGAAAACGCUUCGCCUUGGUGGUUUAUAGUGACUUCUUUACCGACUGUUGUCACGGGUGGAUUCGUUACUUUAUUCAUUGUCAUUUCAGCUUAUCUAGUUGAUAGUUCGACCUCCACAAGUAGAGCUACUAGAUUUUCUUUGAUUGAAGUGACAUCUGGAAUAGCCUCGUUCGUUGGAAGUCUUGUAUCGGCGCCUAUUUUAUACGCUACUAGCUACCAAACUAUAUUUAUUAUAGCAGUUGGACUACAACUAACUAGUUUUCUAUAUACUUUACUGUUUAUAUCAGAAACAGUUAAGAAAGAAAACAAUAAUAGAGUGCCGAAAAUUGUAGAGUUAAUAAAAACAGGCGGUAUCAUCGGAAAUAUAAAACAUGCUUUGAGAAAACGCGAAAACAACAUCAGACCAUACCUUCUAAUAAUUGUAGGAGUACCACUGAUAUCAGGAUUUGCAAGUGGACAAGCAUCUGUCAUGAAUCUAUUUUUGAGAGCUAAACAUCAUUGGAAUUUAACCAAAAUUAACACAGUUCACAGUUUCGUAAGUGUUUUGAAUAUAUCUGGUACGCUUGCUGGUACGUUCCUUUUAUAUAAAACACUGAAAAUGAAGGAGAUGCAUUUGAUUUUGCUGUGCAUGACAACUGCUUCCAUUGGUAAUUUACUAUGGGGUCUGGCCACAAAUGAUUAUUAUAUUUACGGAACUUAUAUCAUCAAUUGUUUCGGCGGGCUCGCGCCAUUGAUGUGGAAAACUCUUCUGUCCUACAUGGUAUCACCUGAUGAAAUUGGAAAAAUCUUAGCUCUCGUUACAAUUAUCAACAAUUUAAAUAACUUGCUAUCGAGUUUAGUUUAUACCAACAUUUACAACGCCACUAUUGACACUAAUAGCGGGAUUUUCAACUUUGUUUCGUUUGGUAUUCACGUCGUCGUUAUUAUCAUUAUCCUAUUUAUGUUACGAUUGAAGUUGCCUCGAUACCAAGCGCCUACAGAUGCAAAUGCGGAAAUUGAAAGCGGUCCUAAAGAAGUCACUUCGAAUAAUAACACUACUGAAUCUGACAAAAAGAAAUCAAAUAGAAGAAGUUUAAGUUUGGAUAUUGCCGUAACGGUUAAUAAUGAAAUUGAAGAAAAUACGAAGAAAUUCAGUUUAAAUUAUUAGUAGAGUUUGAUGUGAAUGUGGUUAGGGUAAUGUAGAUAGUGAUUGAUAGUAAAUUAACCUAACCUAACAUUAUAUAUAACAUUAAACAAUAUUUAGUUGUUCUUCAGGUUAUCUGAAGAUUAAUCAAAAUCAUUAUUAUUAUAUAUUUUUACAUAAAAAUUAGAAUUAAUAUGUUUUUGUCGUUUUGGUGAUAUAAACAAUGGUGGAGUCAUGACAUAUUUUUCUUUUCAAAGAAUAUAUUGUCUAUAAACUCGAAAAAUGUGGAUUUAAGUAAAAAAAAUAACCUUUAAUAGUGGUUAUUGACGCAAAAUGUAAGAAAAUAUGUCAGUAUAACUAAUUUUGCAAACUUCCGGUUUUUGUUCAACUGGAUUUUAUCACAAAUUCUCCGUAACACCCUGUAUAGUAUAAUGACAAUAAACUAUUUAUUGGGAAUAGUGGCGCGAGUACGAUUUCCGUCACGGCAUUUUGUAAAUCGACCAAAAAUAAAUCGAAAAUGAAGAAUAAAAUUUUUCGAUAUCUCGCUUCGUUUUCGAGAUAUCGAUACUUGAAGUCGAUAAAACUUAAUAUAAUCUAACCUCUACGGGGCUUCGACUUUUAAAGCGUUCGUAACGUACUUCUUGAUCGAUAAGCCAAAAACAGCAUAUUUCUACAAUCAAAUAUCGAUAAAAUAUUGUAAAUAAUGUAAAAAUUAAAUAAAUAACUUUUUGUUUUUUAAAAUUACAAGACUCGUGCUGAAUUCAAGGCGAGCGCCAUCUGUUGCCUGAAACCAAUCUCGAAGUGACGUUUAUAAGUGGCUUCCAGUAUCGAUAUCUCGAAAACGAAGCGAGAUAUCGAAAAAUUUUAUUCUUCAUUUGAGGUUUAUUGAGGUUUAUUUAUUUAUUUAUUUAAUUAAGCCAUAUUCGCUAAUCGUACUCUCCACGAAAUAGUAUUAAAAUAAUUACUAGUGUUGAUCUGUUUAUAUAUAUAUGAAAUAUAUUUUUUAAGAUAUUUUUCUCAAUAGAGAGGAUCUGAUAUUAAUAUUAUAAUAUUUGAUAUUGUAAAUAUUCAAAUAAAUAAAUGAAUAAAAGUGUUAUUUGAG